GGGUCCGGGGAGGCUUCAGCGCGGGGCACAGACAUGGAGGGGGACUGUCUCAGCUGCAUCAAGUACCUCAUGUUCAUCUUCAACUUCCUCAUUUUCGUGAGUAUAUGCUGCUUGCUUUACACUUCCACUGUCUAAUGUUCUGCUAGCUGUUCUGAUGUUCUGAUGUUCUGCUGGCUAAUGUUCUGAUGUUCUGCUGUCUGAUGUUCUGCUGGCUAAUGUUCUGCUGUCUGAUGUUCUGAUGUUCUGCUGUCUGAUGUUCUGCUGUCUGAUGUUCUGCUGUCUGAUGUUCUGCUGUCUGAUGUUCUGAUGUUCUACUAUCUGAUGUUCUGCUGUCUGACGUUCUGCUGUCUGAUGUUCUUCUGUUUGAUGUUCUGCUGUCUGACAUUCUUCUGUUUGAUGUUAUGAUGUUCUGCUGUCUGCUGUUCUGAUGUUCUGCUGUCUGAUGUUCUGCUGUCUGAUGUUCUGUUGUUUGAUGUUCCGCUGUCUGAUUUUAUGCUGUCUGACAUUCUGCUGUCUGAUGUUCUUCUGUUUGAUGUUAUGAUGUUCUGCUGUCUGAUGUUCUGCUGUCUGAUGUUCUGUUGUCUGAUGUUCUGCUGUCUGAUGUUCUGCUGUCUGAUGUUCUGCUGUCUGAUGUUCUGCUGUCUGAUGUUCUUCUGUUUGAUGUUAUGAUGUUCUGCUGUCUGAUGUUCUGCUGUCUGAUGUUCUGCUGUCGGAUGCUACAAAAAUAUAAACGCAACAUGUAAAGUGUUGGUCCCAUGUUUCAUCAGCUGAAAUAAAAAAAUCCCAGAAAUGUUCCAUACGCACAAAAAGCUUAUUUCUCUCCAAUGUUAUGCACAAAUUUGUUUACAUCCCUGUUAGUGAGCAUUUCUCCUUUGCCAAGAUAAUCCAUCCACCUGACAGGUGUGGCAUAUCAAGAAGCUGAUUAAACAGCAUGAUCAUUACACAGUAAUAAAAGGCCACUCUAAAAUGUGCAGUUUUGCCACACAACAAAGUUUUGAGGGAGCGUGCAAUUGGCAUCAUGUCGCCACAGCAUCAUGUCGCCACAGCAUCAUGUCGCCACAGCAUCAUGUCGCCACAGCAUCAUGACGCCACAGCAUCAUGUCGCCACAGCAUCAUGUCGCCACAGCAUCAUGUCGCCACAGCAUCAUGUCCCCACAGCAUCAUGUCCCCACAGCAUCAUGUCCCCACAGCAUCAUGUCCCCACAGCAUCAUGUCCCCACAGCAUCAUGUCGCCACAGCAUCAUGUCCCCACAGCAUCAUGUCGCCACAGCAUCAUGUCGCCACAGCAUCAUGUCCCCACAGCAUCAUGUCGCCACAGGGUGACAGCUAAAGCACAUUUAUUCUAGUGAUUUUCACCAAAAAUGUACAACUAUGGUAUUAAUGUCUAAUGUUUCAUUUUUUCUUUUCUUUUUUACGAACCAUUACUCCGUUAAAAACAGAAUGAUUCUGAACAAUCCCAAGUCCCAACUUCGGCAGACAAUUUUCAAAUGAUCGCUGAAGUUUCUAGCCACAAGCAUAAACUAGCUAGCUGGGAAGAACUCAUCAGGAUGACAGACUGAACUGAACUGACUGAACCAAAUCAGCUUUUCUCCACUCGACUCGCUGCGUGACAAGCGUCAUCAAUUUGGGCACCAGGCAUGUCCGUAUAGCCUCUCCCGGUUGAAUCAGGCGUCUACUUCCUACUGUACUUCCUACUUCCUGGCUGCACUCUGUUCUGAUUGGCUGCCUGUGUGCCUCUCCUAUUCUGAUUGGCUCCCUCUCUGUGUGUGUGUGUGUGUGGUCCAGUUAGGAGGCUCCUUCCUGCUUGGUGUGGGUGUGUGGGUGCUGCUGGACCCUACAGGCUUCAGGGAGAUGGUAGCAGCCAACCCUCUGCUCUUCACUGGGGUCUACAUCCUCCUGGCCAUGGGGGCAAUGCUCUUCCUCCUGGGAUUCCUGGGCUGCUGCGGAGCCAUCCGGGAGAACAAGUGUCUGCUACUCUUUGUAAGUUUUUAAAGAGUGUUAUAAUAGUGUUGUAAUCGGCUUUAAGCGUGUUUAUAAACGUUCCAGGGUUGCUGCGGAGCCAUCUGCUCUUUGUAAGUCAACUACUCCACGUUUGGAUAGUCCUCUUGGCUUGUCAGCGCGUACAAUUUCACCAAGCAGUGCUGGUAAUUGGGCAUCACUGAUAAGCUGUGUGAAAAUCAAUCAGGCGACAGCUAUUUCCCUUCUGUAUCAUCAUCCCGUCCACACUAAUCAUUAUGUUUGCCUAGUUGGGCUCAGCUGGUAACUUGGAGCACGGUGCUGGAAAACGCUAGGAUAUUCAGGUCUUACAACAAUAUAAGGAAUAGUGCCAUCUAGUGGAGUAAAUUAUAUGUUGCGUUAAUUAUUGGUCACUGAAACAGAAGAGGCCUUUGGACUUAUAUUGAGUGUUAUUCAUGAGCUUUCAUAUGUUAGCAUCCAUUUUAAAUCUAAACUAGUGGAUGGAGUCAGUGUUGUGAUCGUCUCUCUCUCUCUCUCCCUCCCUUCCUCAGUUCUUCAUGCUCAUCCUGGUCAUCUUCCUGGCAGAGUUAGCAGCAGCCGUCCUGGCCUUCAUAUUCCGGGAGCAUGUGAGUGUUUCUCUGUUUCUCUCUCUCUCUGAUUGGGAUCAGGUAACAUUAUUAGGACGUUACGCCCAUAUUAGGACAGGGUGCACCUACGCUAUCAGGCAUCAAUCCCAGAUAGGACCAUGAGGGAUGGCCGUAAUGGGGGUUGUCAAACAAACCUGCCAUGGAGGAUCUUUACUGAAAGUGCUUACAGGGAAUCAUCUACAACAGGGGGGGAAAGGUACCAUGGCAUUGUUACAGUAAUGGGGUUGAUUCAAAAAAUGAGACUGGGGCCCCAAAGGCAUCAGACGAUUUAGAGGUUGCCAUGGUUUUAAAAGGACAUCUGAACUUAUUUGGUAGAAUCCUGAAAAAAACCUUCUUUAUUGUGCAGCUCACCAGAGAGAACUUUACCAGGGAGCUGAAGAGUCGCUACCAUGGACACAACAACACUGAUGUCUUCACCGUCCACCUGGAACGCCAUCAUGACCACCGUAAGACUCCGUUCAGGGGUGCACAGCGCCAGAGACGUGACAGUCCGCGCUUGUCCAUUGUUAUCAUCGACCUCAUGUCAUUGGCUGUUAUCAAUUCUAUAGUUUGUUUGUUGAGAAUCUUUAGAUAGAGUAUAGUGCAGGUACAUCACUAUACAGUACUAAUCUACCAUGUCUCUCUGUCUGUAUAGUUUGACUGCUGUGGGGUGAACAGCCCGGAUGACUUUGAGGAGAGCCUGUUCAGGCUCCUCAGCCCAGACAAGAUUGUUCCUGAGGCGUGUUGCCAGGGCAACAGUCACCCUGGAGAUGCCGUGGACGACCUCAGCAGAGACGAGUGUCUGAGGGGAAGCAUGGUGCUCCGCUAUAACAAGGUUACAAGAAACCUGUGGUGUGUGUGUGUGUGUGUGUGUGUGUGUGUGUGUGUGUGUAUGUGUGUGUGUGUGUGUGUGUGUAUGUGUGUGUGUGUGUGUGUGUGUGUGUGCGCAUUCAUGUGUGCUUGCAUGUCAAAAUCCCUCCUGGGUUCACACUUUUUUGGGGGGUUUACAAAUGGGAUUUCUGGGAUUUCUGUUUGUUAUGUUUACAAUGCCUCAGAAGUGUUUGUUUUCCAAUGUGGUUAACAUGAAAUGUGAUGCCAACAGGACCUGCUAUUCACUAUAUUACAGUUCGUUGGCCAGCACCUCAAUAUUACUGUAGUCUUUCAUGUAUAGAAUUAUGUUUAAUGUUUAAUAUAAUGAUAAGGUUAAUAUAUAUAUAUAUAUCAUUAUCUAUAUAUAUAUAUAUAUUAUAUAUUAUUAUGUGUAUAGCAUAUAUAUAUAUAUAUGUAUAUCAUAUAUAUAGAUAUAUGGUUAUAUAUAUGUGUAUAUAUAUAUAUAUAUAUAUUGGAUAGUAGAUAUCUAGCUAUAUAUCUCAUACUAAAUAUAUCUAGAUAUAUCAUAGAUAUUAUAUAUAUAUAUUAUAUGUAUAUGUAUAUCUAGUAUUAUCUAUAUGUAUCAUAUAUACUGUUAUAUUAGUAUAUAUAUAUAUAUAUAUAUAUAUGGUAUAUAUAUAUGUAUAUAUAUAUAUAUAUAUAUAUAGUAAUAUAUAUAUAUUAUAUCAUAAUAUAUAGAUAUAUAUAGAUAUAUAGUAUAUGUAUAGUUAUGUAUAUGUAUAUAUAUAUAUAUGUAUAUGUAUAUAUAUAAUAUAAUAUAAUCUAUAUAUAUAUAUAUAUAUAUAUAUUUAUAUAUAUAUAUAUAGAAUAUAGAUAUAUGAUAUACUAUAUGUUAGUAUCGUUAUAUAUAUAUGUAUAUAUAUGUAUAAUAUAUGUAUAUAUAUAUAUAUAUAAUAUAUAUAUAUAUAUAUAUAUCUAUAUAUAUAGAUAUAUAUUAUAAUAUAUGGUAUAUAUAUAUAUGGAUUAUAUGUAUAUGUAUAUGUUAUAGUAUAUAUAUAUAUUAUUAUAAUAAUAUAUUACUAUAUGUAUAUAUAUCUAUAUAUAAUUAUAUAUAUAUGUAAUAUAUAUAUAUAUAUCUAUCUGUAUAUUAUAUGCUAUUGUUAUAUAUAUAUAUUAUAUAUGUACUAUGUAGAGAUAGUAAAUUAGGGGUGGAUGGAGUGGAGAUGGAGAGAGAGUGAGAGGGAGAUUAGAGCUAUCUGGGGAGAGAGGAGAAGAGAGAGAGAGGAGAGGAGAGCAGCGGGGAGAGAGAGAGAUAGAAGGAGAGAGGGAGAGGGGAGAUAGAGAUAGAGAAGAGAGAGUGUGCUGUACUAUUGGUAUAUAUAUAUAUAUAGAUUAUAUAUAUAUGUAUAUGAUAUAUGUUAUAUAUAUUACUGUCGUAUAUUGUAUAUAUUCCUAUAUAUAUACUAAGGUAUAUAGUGUAUUAUAUUCCCAUCCCCCCACCCCCCCCCCCCAACACCGCCCACAACAACCCCAACACCCCCACACCAACCACCCCACCCCCUGUACACACCCAAACCCCACCACCUAACCCCACAACAACCCCACCACCCACCACCACCCAACUCCAACAACCACCACUCAAACAACAAUCCACAAAUACCCCAACAUCACACACCCACCCCAGCGACACAACCCCCCCCCCCACCCACCACACCAACGCAUAUUGGAUCAAUGUAGUAGAAACCCAUAGACUUCCAAUAUUCAUUCCCCUCUUCAAUUUGUAUAGAUAGACAGGUAUCACGCCGGAUAUAUACUGAGAGUGAAAGGUAGGGUUUAUCGAGAUAUAUGGAUGAAUAGAAUAUGUAGACUAUAGGUGAGAAUAGGGAGGGUGACAUUAAGAGGAAUAAUGAUAUUAGUGAGCGUAUAUACUAGAUCUCUCUCGUCUCUAUCGUAUCUCUGUCUAGGGGGGAGAGAGAAGGUAG